GUAAUGGCAUUUUAAUCUUUUCUGCUUACUGUAUUUAUAGUAGCACGCAACUAAAAUGGUGAUUAAUUAUUCACUUGGUUGUUCUAUUUUUCUGAAAACUGUAUUGGAUUAAAUUUAAGAAUAUGUCAUCAUCCACCACAGACUCUUCAUCUUUUGGUAAACGAAGUAUGGGUCAACCAUUAUGCUUUUGUGAAGUUGAGGCCCAAGUGAGAUACUCAUCUACUACAAGAAAUCUAGGAAGACCCUUCUUAGGGUGUCCUAAGUACAACACAAAGGGAUUACCAUAUUGUAAGUAUUUCAAGUGGGUAGAGGGGGAUGAAUACAAGAAGUUCGAUGUUCGAGAAAUUCACAAUGAACUGUUAAGAACCAAGAAAGAGCUGAAGAAGAUACUCGACGAUAUCGAAAAGAGCAAGAUUGAUCUCUGUAAAAGAGCAGAUGAGAUCGAGAUGAGAGAGAUGGCACUAUCCCAUAGAAAUGAGGAGGUUGUGAACAAGGAGAUGGCGCUUGUUGUACGCGAAGCUGAAUUAAGACAUUCACGCACACUACUCCGGCUAUAUUGGGCAUUUGUAUUUGUUGUAAUAUGUUACUUGUCUUGUCGAUAA